AUGCAUUGCCCGGACCUGGCGUCAGACCGUCAUUGCUACCUUCGCUUCGAUCCCUUCGCAUAUGCCAACACUUCCCUCGCUGACACUUGUUUCUAUCUAGACCAGAUUGAUCCCAAGACACAGGAAAUCAAACCAUCCUCCGACGACACGUACUCAGACAUCCUCGAACUCGCUGAUGACUUACCGGAUUCAUCGCCGCGGUUCGUCCUGCUGAGCUAUCCACUCACAUUGCCAUCCGGUCGGCUUUCCGUGCCCUACGUCUUGAUCUACUAUCUCCCCGUGAACUGCAAUCCGAACAUGCGCAUGAGCUAUGCCGGUGCCGUCGAACUCAUGCGCAACACCGCCGAAGUCAAUCGCGUCAUUGAGAUCCAGGAUGCAGACGACUUACAGGAGAUCGAGACGAAAUUGAAAGGGGAGGAUUGA